CGUCAAGGUCCCUGAUUUGCCGAUGCUUUUGCGACGGCAGUACAUUUUCAACUCCACGUGAAUGUAUUAAGGAUUGGUUCUGCUGUGAGAAGAUAAGAUGAAGCUGGACCUUGUCAAAGUAGUUAGCGGCUGCCGUCUCGGAGUGCUGACUAACCUUGGGAAAAAUGGAGAUAAAACUCUGGAAGUCCCUGGUUGCUUACUUUACACUCGCUGUGGCUCUGCACCCCACCUCACUCACGAAACCCUGGAGACCAUUGAAAAGAUACCAGCUGUGGCUCAACUCACGUUAAGUACACUAGCAGAAUACCAUGAAGUACUGGAAGAAUACAAGGAAGGAGCUGGAAAGUUUAUAGGCAUGCCUGACUCUGUGUUGUACUGCUCCUUGCAAGAUCCUGCAGCCCCUUGUCCUCCAGGCUUUAUAACUAACAAGACUGUUUCGGUGUGGGGUAGUGGUGGUCGUAUGGAGAUGACUGCCUCCAAGUUCAUGGCUCUGCAGGCAGUAGUGAGACCUGACUGGUUCCAGAGCAUGGCGGAUGGGGAGACUGUACAGGAGGACACCUCGAAAAAGAGAGUGAGGAAGUCUGUAGACCGCACACUGGCCUUUCUGGACGAAUGCCUUCAGCUCCAGCAGAAAUCACAGGACCUGCAGGGUGUAGAGGUGCUCGGAGUGGUGGAGGGCGGGGAUAUCCUGGAGGAGCGAAAACGGUCAGCCAAGGAGACGGCCAAGAGGCCUGUGGGCGGGUUUGUACUGGACGGGUUCCAGGGUGACACCAUGACCAAGGAGCUAAAGCUGAAACUGAUCUCAUCUGUCACAGCCGAACUGCCUGACGACAAGCCCAGGUUGAUCCAGGGAAUAGGCAGACCAAAUGAGGUCUUGGAUUGUGUGGAAGCAGGAGUGGACCUGUUUGAAAGCUUCUUUCCAUACCAGGUGACUGAGAGAGGCUGUGCCCUUUCCUUCAGGUUCAGAUAUCAGCUGGACCCGGAGACGCAAGUUUUGGAGAGGAAUGGUCCCCAGGUCAGUGAGGAAACUCGGGCCGAGAAAGACAAUGAUGUCAAUGACAAGGAAGAGAAGGAGCCGAUGACACCCUUUGAGAUGGAUCUGAAAAGCAAAAGGUAUCGAGAGGAUUUCGGUCCCCUGGUACAGGGCUGCUUGUGUUACUGCUGUAGGAACCACACGCGCGCCUAUGUUCACCACCUCCUCCUCACCAACGAGCUCCUGUCGGGGGUCCUGCUCAUGAUACAUAACUUCCAGCACUACUUCGGGUUCUUCCACUCCCUGCGGCAGGCUCUGCGGGAGGGACACCUGGAGAAACUGAAAGCUCUUGUCAAUGAGCACAGCCCCUGAACUCCUCUGUGGAAAUCCAAACUUAUUUUAUACCUGGAGAUGGAAGCUCAUUCUUGGCUCACUGAACUGUGUGUGUAGUUUUUUAGACUCUACAAUUUCUAUAUUGUGUUAGUGGAUCAAUUUCAUGGACAUUGUGUAGGAAAACAGGCCAUUAGUUUCAACGUGUUUUUAAAUUAGACAAAGUACUUACAUUUAUAUAACCCUGAGGUACCCUCAAAGGCCAAUGUUUGUCAUGCAUUUGUAGGUAUCAAGUUACAGAAAAUGUGAACCAAAAUAAUCAUGAACAAACAAAAUUAUACUUUAAGCUUUAAAGGAUGCAAGAUGGAGUGCCACCUUUGAUCUAAACAAUACUAUCCCCAUACUUGACUAUUGUAUACUUUUGCAUUACUUCACUUUGUACACCUGCUUUAUAUGCAUGUUGUGGGGAUAGUAGACUUUGUUUUUAAAUCUGUACUUAAGGGCUUUUUUAUUAGGUGGAAGUUUUAUGAGGAGCAGAUGUAGUGAGAGUGUACUGGACCAAUAGAUCUCUACCAAUACUCCAUAUUAGCAUGGAAAUUAGGUUGAUUUUAUUUAUUUUUGUGUUGUCUGCUGUUCCUUUAAUAAACCUUUUUGUAUAUAAAACACAAUGUUGUUGUUUCACUAGAGUACUCUGUGCUGGCAGAGCUACUGUGAGAGGAGUCUUUAAUGGUACCUCCCAGCAUCAUGCCUGAUUGUGCCAUUGUCCCUCAUUCUAAUGAAUAAUAAUGUUACAGCUUAAAUCCA